AAAACGACUCUGUUUUGUGUCCAAACAAUCCCUUAAUCUUCGUUCUCUACUCUAGGGACAGAAUCUCCGAAUAGGCGAAGAAAAUGUGUCCGUUGAGGCUGAUUCUGAUCUUCCUCUCCGCCACACUCGCUGGAUUUUUCGUCUUGAGAAAUCUCAAAUCUAAACCUGAAACAUCACUUUCCGACGAAUCUGACUCUUCUUUCGAAGAAUCAUCAGCAGCAGCAGCAGCAGCAGCAGCAGAAUCGCCUUCCAUCCCUCUAUCCACCGAGGCUUCUGCGUUCCCUGGUUUACAGGUUUGUUCUGCUAUUUGUUCCGGAUUUUGGACUUUAGUUGAUAUGGCUAGUGGACGGUACCUUUGGAGGAAUUUGGUGUCGUCAAAGCGUUCUGAUUGAUUGACCUGUUCUUGUUCUUCUCCUUCUUUUCCCCUUAAUUCGUCGAAAAUCCGGGGGUCAGGUCUGCCUGCGCCACAAAUCCUGUUUUCCCUACCACGGUUCUGUCUGUCUCUGUGUUGUUUUCUUCUUACGUCACUGGAGAAUUUUAGUAUAUGAAUGUACUGGAUUUUAGAUGCACCAAUCUCAGAAUUACACGGUAACUUGUGUUGUGCAAUGUGUUUCUUCUCUCUGUUAACAUGUUUCUGUACAUUCUCUCUUCCUUCCA